AUGGCUGGUGUUGAUAAGGAGCCAGACUACCUUCCUGUUUACCCUAAAUAUGCUCUGCUCUUAAAGAGAGAAGCUACCUUUGAUGAUCGAUGGCCCGAUUCUUUAAAAGGAUUAAUACCCGACCUAGCCAAAGCCGGAUUUUAUUACAGAGGAGUGAGUGAUAAGACCAUCUGUUUUCAUUGUGGUAUGACUUUAAACCUCUGGGAACCUACAGACGAUCCUUAUGUAGAACAUGCUUAUUGGAACCCUAAUUGUCCCUACAUCAAUACCUAUGAAGGACGUGAGUGGGUGAUGAAUGUAUUCAUUAACCAUUUACUCCGGGCGGGAUACAAACCUUCACCUGAAAUCAAACCUCUACUAGACCAAACCUCUACAGAGAUCCAGGCCACAGGAAAAUAUCGGGUCUCCUUCAUUCGAAAUAUUCCAGAAGACGAUGAGAAAUUAGUGGCCAAUUUAACUAUUCCUCACUUACUCAUUUUUGACGACAUGAUGGGAGGAAAAGCCAUCGAAUCGAUCGUGGAUUGGUUUACCCGUAAAGCGCAUCAUCGGAAUACCAGUGUGAUUUACAUCACUCAGAACUUAUUUGAUCGGGCACCACAGCAUCGCACCAUUAGUUUGAAUGCUCAUUAUUUAGUGUUGUUUAAAAAUCCCAGAGACAAAUCUCAAAUCAGUGUCUUGAGUCGACAGUUAGCCUUACCACAUUUGAUGUCGGCCUAUCAAGAAGCCACCAGUGUUCCUCACGGGUAUCUCCUGGUUGACUUGAAUCCACAGACCCCAGACGAAUACAGAUUGAGAAGUCGAUUGUUUGAAUGGUUGACUGUACACAUGCCACAAGAGUAUAAAUAA